AUGGCGUCUCUGCCAGGAUUCGAGUUCCGCAGAAGAUUUUCACAACUAUUUGAAAUCAAUCCUAGCUUGACAAACAACGAAGCUUACACCAUCCUGGAAGCAAGCUCUUUCGACGUGCCCAAGACCUGUCUCGAAAUAGCUAAAAAGAAGCAAGAAUCGAUUCAAGAGAGAGAGUUUUGGAUCCCGAAAAGGGCUCUGGAACAGUUAGAAGUUAGUGAAAGACCGGAGAAGAAAAUCAAAUCAAGUCAGAAAACAGAACAGAGUCAGCUGAAAAUCAUUAUCAAUAACAAACUGCCAGAUCAAGAGAUUGAAAGUUCAAGGAUCACGCAAGUGAAGAUAAGAGAGAUCAUUGAGAUUGAUGAUAGUGACGAUGAGCAAGAUGUUUUUCGAAAUGACGCAGAGCCUUGUGCCAUAGAAUUGGACCAAGUUGCUACUGGCUCGAGAAGAGAAUUCUUGAAUAUCGAGAUAUCUGAUGAAUCGGAUGUUGACAAGGAAAGCUCUGAGGAUGAAUCUGACUCAGAGAUUGACUAUGGCAGCCAGAAAUCAAGGUCUGGCUUCGAUUCUCACAUGAGGUCUGUAGAGAAACUCAAGUCAGCCGAAUCAAUCAAGUCAAUCAAGCCAAUCAAGCCAAUCAAGCCAGACAAGUCGACGCUUGCAACUCCAUUUGUUUCAAAGGUAGCUGGCAAUGUGUUCGACAGAGAACUCAAGACUAUCCAAAUAAACAAGGAUCAAACAUCAGCUGAAUCGGACGCCAAGGAAUAUCAUGAGGAAGUUUCAUCAGCCCACAGUGCCGCGCAGCAAUUCCUUCGUGGAAGUCAGAAAAAUUUGGCCGAGUGUCAAGCUGCGUGUCGAGCUGGAGACAGUAUUUUGGUUCAAGAUGCUAAAAUUGAGUCCAAAGUUCAUUGUGCGUUCAUUGUAUACUUAUACAAAGAAAAUGAGGAACCGAUGGCCCACAUACGAUAUUUCGAAAGGGGCUGUGAUACUAUAAUUGGUGAAAUGGCCAGUCCAAGAGUGCUUUUCAUGACUUCUAGAUGUGCGAAUAUCUCGAAAGCCGAAAUAAGAGCCAAAAUCAGAGUCGAUUUCCGUGGAAAGGUCGAUGAUGCCAAUGACUCAACAAUCGAUCUCACCGAAGAAGAGUAUCACAGAAGCCCAGACAGAUAUUUGUAUAGACUGGGCUACGAUAGUUUGCUUCAAAGCUUUUCUGAAGCCAAAGAGAUGGUGACUGGAGCACGAGAAUCCGGUUUCGAGAAAUGCGAGUGCUGCUCCCUCGAAAGGGUCAAUGAUCAUCAACCACUGAGGAUAUUGAACUGGAAUAAAACACAACAAUGUGCUACUGGGUUUAUUUACAAAGGUACGAAAUAUCAACUCAAAGAUUUCAUUUAUUUCAUUUCGAAACCUACUUCCGGUUCAAAAGGCCCGCAACCGUACAGUAUUGGUCAAAUACAGAAGAUCAAGGUCAUCUGCUUGAAAGGUCAGCCCAGUGUCAACUUGACCGUGGAUAGUUAUGAACGUUACGACGAUCACUUUCGGCUUAAGAGAUCGGAAGAGACUGACGAGAGAAUUCCCUUCGCAAUCCAUGAUAAUCGAAGAGUAUUCCGGUGGAAAUCUAAAUCAUUGAAUCCGAAGGAUGUUGACGGACACUGCUUUGUAAGGCACAUAGAACAAAUUGAAGAUCUAGACAUUUAUAAGGACCUCAAUGACACAUUCUGGGUUCAGGAAUAUAUCCCUAACGACUUGAAAAAGGAUUCAAUUACAGUCGGGAACUUAAAGUUUAUGCCUAAAGAACAUUUGACGUUUUCAAAAGGAAAUGAACAGAGGCUCGAGAGAGAAAGAAAGCAAGAAAUGACUAAGAUGGAUGGUCUAAAAUUGAACACUCUGGAGAUUUACAGUGGCGCAGGUGGAUUAAAGAAAGGUUUCCAUGAAAGCGGAGUGAUAGGGACUAGCUAUGCCGUUGAGUUUGAUACUACGGCUUGUGAGACGUUCAAAUUGAACUUUCCAGAUGCUGAUGUAUACAAUGAUGAUGCAGGCAAGUUCUUAGAACGAGCGAUGAAGAUUGAAGCUGGACUCCUUCGAAACAUGGCACAUGAUAUAGAUGGGGAAAAAAUCCUGAAGAUGCCUAAAAAAGGAGAUAUCGAUAUGAUUGUUGGAGGACCUCCUUGCCAAGGAUGGAGCAAAGUGAACCGUAAAAAUAAUCCCGAAAAGCUACUGAAGAACCCUAUAUGUCCUAUGAGGGAGUCAAUCGCAACAUUCCUUUCUUACGUCGACUUUUAUAGACCCAAAUAUUGCUUAUUGGAGAAUGUCACUGGUCUAAAACACCACCCGCUUAACGGUACUGAUAUUCCAGAUUGUACCUCUGACAACGGUCUUUUGACAGACGGCGCGAUAAAAUUCAUCUUCCGAGUUUUUACAUCUUUAGGUUAUCAAUGCCAACAUACAACUCUACAGGUAGGUGCCUACGGUGUACCUUCGUCAAGAAAACGUGUGAUAUUCUGGGCCUCUCUACCAGGGUACAAGCUUCCGAAAUUUCCUGAGCCGACAAAUGUUUUUAGCCGUAUCCCCAAAGAUUCCCCUUAUAUCAGAAGAUCAGCUCCGCAUCGACCACUUACUAUACAGCAUUGUAUUUCAGACUUACCUCAAUGGGAGUUGGAAAAUCCUCAUACAGAAAUCCAGCAAACGCCAGAACAAAAGUCUAGCCAAACAAACCGUGGUAAGAGUAUUGCUCAAUACUCGAUCUUGAAGAAUCAGAAAUUUGUCGGUUUAGAAAAGCAAGACUAUGCCUCCCCGCAUUUAUGUGAGUUCCAGAGGAUCUCGGUGAAACAGGCUGAGCGAAUGUGCAACAUUCCACUCGAAGCUGGUGCCGAUUACAGAAGAAUGAACGAGGCAUUGUUGCCCAACCACCUGAGGAAAGAAUCAGAGAGAUUUCGGAAAAAUUCUAAUUAUCGGAAUCGAAAGUUUGAGGGAAAAUAUGGAAGAUUAUUUGAAGAUGAGAUUUUCAAGAUAAUAACUACUGCGAAUGAUCAAUAUUCAACGAACAGCUGGAUGCUCAAUCCAAAGUUACAUAGGCCAUACACAAUAAGGGAACUAGCUAGAGCUAUGGGCUUCCCAGAUAGCUUCAUAUGGGAUUUAGAAACCAUGAAAGUGUCCGAUGCUCUCAAACAAAUCGGUAAUGCUGUGCCACCUCCAUUUGCACGAGCACUCGGAAACGAACUGCGGAAAGUUUUACAAGAUCGAAACACCAGCACCAGCAGAGAGAGCAACGAUGACGAAGAUAUUGCAAUUGAUGACCAUGCCGACCAUGCCGACCAAACUAUGAACUUAUUUGAGGAGAUGUUGGCUGGGAGUGAGACGGAUUCUGAUGAAGAAAUCGACCAUCUUGUAAUCGCACAACUGGAAAAAGAAUUCAACCGAAACACGGACAAACAAACAGACGCUGGAAGAGAGGAUAAAAAUGAAGAAAAUUCAGACACAGAAGAGGAAGUGUCGGACGAUAGUGACGUAGGUGUUGACGCAGACAUGAAAGAUCACGAAGAUCAAGAAGAUCCUGAAUCCGAGAAUGAAGAUAAGCAGAAUUGGAGCGUAGACGAAGAGAUAUUUGGUAAGAGUGAUGACAGUCCUGAGUCAGAGGAUGAGAACGAGCAGAAUCUGGGUACAGAUGAGGAAAUUCCAAGCGACAGUGAAGUGGAAGUUGAUGAAGACAUGGAGGGCCAAGCAGGCCAAGAAAAUCUUGAAUCUGAGGACGAGAGUGGGCGACACCUAGAUGCAGAUGAGAAAGCGACAGAAGAAAGUGACGUCGAUUCCGACGAAGAUAUGGACGAUCUAGACGAUCUAGAAUCCGCGGACGAGAACGAAACGAAUGAGAAUAUUGAUUCGGAAGAAGAAUCUUGGGUCAACAAAAAGGUACAGAGGGAGGAAAGAAUCAAUACUGGAGGAAGCAGAGAUAACGCAAUUGUGAUUGAUGAUUCAGAAUGA